AUGUGCACCCUCUGUUUGGUUCAUUGGCAGGACUCAAGCGGGGUUGGCUGCCCGUUUUGCAGGGGCGAAAUUAAAGGGACCGAAUCGGUCAUCGUCGAUCCGUUUGAACUUUCCAGGAAUAAAAAAAGGAAUAAUAAUAAUAAAACAAAAACCAAGUACACCGAUUACGAAGAUGACGACAACGAUAGCAACAACAAUAUCAACAACAACAAUAACAACAACAACAACACUAUUAGCUAUUUAGAUCUCAUCUACAGACAAGAACUCUCUGCUGAUUAUAAUGGCGAUGACAAUACCACUACUACCACUACCACUACUGCCACUACUACUACUACCACUACUAAUAAUAAUAAUAAUAAUAAUAAUGAUAAUGAUAAUACCGAUGAUAAUAAUAACAAUAAUAAAAAUGAUGAUGGAUCCAGAAAAACACCCGGACAGGAUGUGGAUGAAGAUUCUAGUUUUGAUGAUCCGGCUUCGUGGAAUCUUCCGGGCUUUCCGCCGAGACCCCCACCCCCGUGCCGACCUUCUGCCUCUAUGGAUGUUCCACCACUCCCGACCAGACUACCAAACACUUCACCAAGGUCGUCGCCACACGUCGGCAGGAAGGGCUUGCCUCCACCUCCCAUCCAGGCUGAUGACGUAUACAUGCAUCCGUUAACCGAUGUUGACGACAACAACAAUAACAACAAUAAUAAAAACUACAACAACAACAACAACAACGAUAAUAAUAAUAACAAUAACAAAAAUAAUGAUAAUAAUAAUAGCGUUAACAGCUACUUAGAGUGCGCAGGAGAGAUGAGCAUGAAACUACCGAGAUCGGCCAACAACUCACCGAUAUCGUCAACCGACAAACAGCGAACCGACAAACCGAAACUAACCGUCUCAUCCCUGGUGACGUCAUUCGACGAGCCGCAGCCACCGACCGCUACUACGAAUCCCAACGCUAAAGGUAAAUUCUCAACACGAUCGGCAUUUUACGGUACCUCCAUAGAUAACAACAACAACAACAAAAAUGACGUCACAGCAGCAGGUGACGUCAUCGGCAACGACGAUACAGAUGCAUCGCUGCAGAGUAUGCGAGAGAAUAUAGAAAUAUUGGUGUCAAAGGGUUACUCGUAUGAGAAGGUUGUUAAGGCCCUCAAGAUCGUAGAGAAUGAUUUGAAUACGGCUAAAUUAAUUCUUGAACAAUUCAGAUGA